AUGGGCAAGUCUCAGUCAAAACUUUCCCCCUCGCAGCUCGACGAGCUCCAGAAGGCGACCCAUUUUGAUAAAAAGGAGUUGCAGCAGUGGUACAAGGGUUUUCUCAAGGACUGCCCCUCGGGGACCCUGACCAAGGAAGAAUUCCAGAAGAUCUAUCGACAGUUUUUCCCCUUCGGCGAUCCGUCAUCAUUUGCAAAUUAUGUCUUUCGCGUAUUCGACUCGGAUAAUAGCGGCAUGAUCGAUUUCAAGGAGUUCAUCUGCGCGCUGUCGGUCACGUCGCGGGGCAAGAUGGAGGACAAGUUGGACUGGGCCUUCCAAUUAUACGACAUCGACGGCGACGGCAAGAUCACGUACGACGAGAUGUUGGCGAUCGUGGAGGCGAUUUACAAGAUGGUGGGCUCGAUGGUAAAACUGCCCGAGGACGAGGAUACCCCCGAGAAACGAGUUCGUAAGAUCUUCCGCAUGAUGGACAAGGACGAGAACGGCAGCCUCGACAUGGAGGAAUUCAAGGAGGGCAGCAAACGGGACGAGACGAUCGUCAGCGCCCUGUCGCUGUAUGACGGGCUGGUAGGCGAUGGGCGCGAGCCGUGGAGGAGUGAGAAUGAUCGCACUUUGUAUACUGGAGGUCCUGGCAGUAGACGGGGCCUUAAAUCUGGUGACGACGGGGCUGCGUGUUCGCGAUGCAAAGACCUCAAGGUCCGGUGUCGGAGUCACCGCAGCCACUCUGUCGCAUCUCGAGAUGCCUCAUCCUCAUCUAAACAACAACCUGCGACUCCUCAAACCGGGCGCCUUAUCGCCAACUAUCAACCGAUCUCACUCCGUACUGAUGAUACGAUCUCCCCUUCCCUCACCGUGACCGCUCUCGCCGACCAACAGACCGAAGUGUUCACCAACUACGUCCUCGCCGUCUUCCCCUGCUACUUCAAAUGCACCGAAAAGCAAGUCCCCGUCAACUGGAUCGAAUACGUCGACGGCCGACGGGGCUCCCCAACCCCGUCACCAUUCGACUGGGCCCUGCGCGCCUGCACGUUCGCAUACACAGGGGCUCUGUACAACGACCCACGUUUCACCUACGCGGGCCGAGACCUGUACCUGCGCUCCCUUCGCGGCCUCGCCAUCCUCCUCUCCUCGCCAACCACCGCCGCAUCAGACGAAAGCCUCGCGACAGCUAUCUCCCUCGCCAUCUACGAGAAACACCAUUGCACAGAACCCGACGCCUGGCUGCGUCACGCAGCAGGGAUCCGCACGCUCCUGAAAUUGCGCGGACCGGCCGCCCACGUCCACGGAUUCGGACGUGCCUUGUACCUCGCCUACCGACACUUCUUGAUCACGCAUGCGCUGAUCUCAGGGGAGUCAUGCUUCCUGGAGACGCCCGAGUGGCGCGCCGUGAAUGAGCAGAUCGUGGCGGAUAAUGCUAAACUCCCGGACUCGUCACUGUACACGGAUGUCAUCGAGCGCGCGAGUCUCGUGGUGAUUCAAAUCCCGGGACACGUGCAGCAGGUGCGCGAGCUGCACAAGAACCAGUCGAAGGGGGUGAAACCCACCAAGGAGCAGACGACGGCGCUGCUACAACGGGUCCAGGCGACGCGCGCGGCUUUACGAGGCAUCCACACCGAAUUCGGAGUCGCGGUGUCGAUGCUACGAGCUGGACAGAUACAGACAAAAGUGCAUGGGGAGACCCGACCCGCACGCAAGGGAAACGAUACUCCAGGACGUGGGUUCAUCGGCCCGCUACCACAUUUAUUCUUCGAUCGAUACUCCAGCCUCUUCGACAAGGGCGUGCGGUCAGGGCUACGGAUCCUAAAUUACUGCGUUUGGAUCCUCGACCCAAGUCAGCGGGGGUCUAUGGAAGAGGAGAUUCGGUUAUUGGAAGAUCGAAUCGCACCGUCACCGUCGCCGGAGGUGGCAUCUUCGGCUUCGGCUUCCCCUUUGGCUCCCUCUUUAUCUCCAUCAAUAGCGUCUAAAUUCGACUCCGAAGAUGGUGCAUCUCCGCUCACACCGCCUGAUUCUCCCGGAGAUGGGGAGGUCGGAUUACAGGUUAAAUCGCUGAUUACGCCGGAGACGAAACGACCGCCUAUCACGCCGUGGAUGGAUCAGAUCAUGACGACGAUGGGGCUGGAUGGGGUCGAAAUUCGGCUGGGGGAGUUGUGA